GGAGCACAGAGCUCGAUGGAACGCUGCGCAAGCGCGAUAAGAGAGUUAGCGGGAAGAACACCUACGAUGAUAGAUAGGAAGGAGUUCGGUGGAUCUUCGGACGAGGUCGGAGUGGAAUUGUGCGCAUGCGUAAUAUGAGUUUUGCAGUGCGAGAAACAAUCCUACCCAGUGCAGUGGGAAAUUCCAAUGAUGAAGUGUGAAGCAGUCAACAGGUAACUGAUUCCUGCAUGAAAGCAAUUCACAGAUACCAGUUGGGGUAUGUGUGUAAGAUUGCCAUCUAUCAACGAAGAAGAAUACUAGAAAACGCAGUGAACUUGAAAAAGAUGCUACGCCUAAGCUGGCACAGUCAUCCAAAGUUACUAUGUCACUGCAUGGUUUCUGAUCUGUAUUUGAAGUUGUUUCUCUCAAGAAGCUUCACCAUGACCUGGAAGGCAUGGACCUUCAUGCAGUCUCUUGUUGGAAAUAAGAACAUUGUCUUGAUGGGGCCUCCAGGUGCUGGAAAAACAACAGUAGGAAAAAUACUAGGUCAGAAGCUAGACUCUUGUUUCAUAGAUGUGGACGAUGAUGUUCUUGAACCAACCUGGAAUAUGACUGUGGCAGAAAAGUUAAAGAGCAUUGGGAAUGAACGGUUUAUAGAAGAAGAGGGAAAAGCCCUGUUAAACUUUUCAGCAUCUGGAAGUGUAGUGUCCCUUUCCGGAUCUAACCCAAUGAAUGCUGCUAGCAUGGAGCACAUGAAGAAAAAUGGAAUAGUGGUAUAUCUGGAUGUACCCACGGAAAGCAUAAUGGAUCGUUUGAAAUUAAUGAAGGUGGAUCGUAUUGUGGGACAGGGUCAAGAAACAUCAUUAGGAGACAUUAUUAAGUUCAGGAAACAAUUUUAUAAAAAGUGGUACGAUGUCCGUGUUCUCUGCGAAAAUGGGAUUAAAGCAGAGAGUGUAGCAGACAAAGUGCUUCUCGCUGUUAAGAGGCAUCAAAAUUCUGAGCUGGAACACUUCAUUUCCACCCGUGCCAUUAAGGAAGACAAACCAAGUUUUGUAAAAUAUUUCAGUGAUGUUCUUAUUGAAGGUCUGGCCUCAGAUGGUGGGCUCUUUGUUCCUGAGUUGGGACUUCCAAAAUUCACUGGUGGAGAAUGGCAACAUUUAUUAGGAGCCACUUACACAGAAAGAGCUCAGAUUAUACUAGAAAGGUGUGUACAUCCUGAAGAUAUUCCUGCUUCCAAAUUGUGGGAAAUGAUUCAGAUGGCAUAUGGACAAAAUUUUAUGUGUUCUAAAAUUGCCCCAGUUAGACAUCUGCAAGGGAACCAGUUUCUUUUGGAGCUGUUUCAUGGACCAACGGCUUCAUUUAAAGAUUUGGCUUUACAGUUACUGCCCCAUCUGUUUGCAUACUGCAUUCCCCAAAGCUGCAAUUACUUGAUCUUGGUAGCAACUUCUGGUGACACAGGAAGUGCAGUUCUAAAUGGUUUUGGUCAACUUAAAGAGUCUGAUAAACAAAGAAUUGCUGUGAUCACAUUCUUUCCUCAUGAUGGAGUUAGCCAGAUACAGAAAUUCCACAUGAUCAGCUGCCAAGAAAUCAACACAAAAGCUAUAGGGGUCCAGGCUGAUUUUGAUUUUUGCCAGACUGCCAUCAAACAAAUGUUUACCAAUUCAGAUUUUACUGGCUUUCUCACAAUGGAAUAUGGAACAGCAUUAAGUGCUGCAAAUUCUAUCAACUGGGCACGCUUGCUUCCCCAGGUGGUUUAUCAUGCAUCAGCUUAUCUGAACCUUAUCGAACAAGGUGUUAUUUCGUUUGGGAGCCCCAUAGAUGUUUGCAUUCCCACAGGUAACUUUGGCAACAUACUAGCGGCGAUAUAUGCAAAAAACAUGGGGAUCCCUAUUCGGAAAUGUAUCUGUGCUUCCAAUCAAAACAAUGCUUUGACUUCAUUUUUAAAAACCGGCUUGUAUGAUUUACAAGGAAGGCAAUUAAUGCCAAGCUUGUCACCAGCAAUAGACAUUUUGAAGUCUUCCAACCUUGAACGUUAUUUACACCUGAUUGCUAAUGGUGAUGGACAGCUAGUGACACAGUUACUUCUCAGUCUGGAAAACCAGCAGUGCUUUCAGUUGCCGGAAAAACUGCAAAAGCUUCAACAGGACUUAGUGGCUGAUUGGUGCUCUGAGGAAGACUGCCUGGGUGCCAUACACUCUGUGUUCAACACCACAGGGUACAUUCUGGAUCCACACACAGCUGUUGCCAAAGUGGUUGCAGAUCGACUUCAAGACAAAACUUGCCCCGUUAUCAUUUCUUCUACUGCUCAUUAUUCUAAGUUUGCACCUGCUAUUCUACAGGCACUGAGGAUUGGGGAAAUAAAACAGACUCCAUUAAGCCAGCUACAGUUGUUAAACUCAUAUAACCCUUUGCCUCCGGUCCAUGGGGGCUUAUUAGAGAUGCUGAGAAAGAAUGAAAAACCGAAGUAUGAGAUUUGUGCUGCUAACGUCAAUGUCCUCAUGGAACACGUGGAAGGCUUAAUACAAAAUCACUUCAUGAAGGUUUUCUAACUGCAAGAUGCUUGGUGGUGCUGACCAGGUGUCCUGUUUUUGAUUUUUUCAUGGCCCUGUAUGUUUUAAUAAAUGCUUAGUAGACACAAUAACUUUAAUGAAUAUUUACAGCGACAAUUGCCAGAUACAAUAGAAACAAAACAAGUAUAACUGAAAAAAAGAGAAGAUGUCAUAUUCCCGAAGGAGAAAUUGUUUGGAAGAAAAAGAAAUCCGAAUGGAAAAUAUUGUUCAGGGCCUGAUGAGAGGAUUACUACAUUUGAGAAUUAUGAAGGGUGUGUGUGUGAGACUAAUAAUAGAGGGUGAUACUGCUGUGGCCUAGAGGUGGAGCUCUUGCCUCACCAUCAGGAGGUUGUGAGUUUGAUCCUAGGUAGAGGCAGAUGUAGGGUCUCCUGCUUGGGCAGGGGGUUGGACUAGAUGACCUGCAAGGUCCCUUCCAACUCUAGUUAAAUCUGUAAAUCUAUACAGUCGUAACGGCUUGCUCCUGGUUACCAUUUCAUCUUUCAGAAGUAGAGGUCUAAGCAUGGAUUGUACCGCUACAUCUGUGACAUAGUGUUUCUGAAUCUUAACAAGUUUAAGAUGAAUGGACUUCAAUCCCCAGCAUUCCUAGCCAGCAUGCUGACUGGGAAAUUCUGGGAAUUAAAGUCCAUGCAAAUGAAAGUUGAUGAGGUUGAGAAAUACUGCUGGGUUCAUGGAUUGCAUUUAGCCAUACUUUGUUUUAACUCUAGCUUAUGAAAAAGUCAUAAUGGUGUAGUUUACACAAAAAAGUACAUCUUUCAAGUAACAAUGGUUGAAUUCACGUAUCCCGCUAAUGUAAAAGCAGGCUUAAUUUUGCUUUUGAGUAUAGUAGAGCUUGAUAUUUGCUCAAUUUUCUGAGCCUGCAGAGGCCACAUAAGAAUGUGGUGUGUUCUUGCAUGGCCUCUGGACCCUCAAAAUUAUGCAAAGGGUUGUGCUCUUGCAUGGUUUCUGGAGCUUUUGAAAUCAUGUGAAAAAAUAGUCCAUUCUUGCAUGAUUUUCAGAGGAUCCAGAGAUUGCGUGACUUCCAAGGAGAACGUGCACAAGCAGACCACAUUCUCAUGCGGCCUCUGCAGACUCUAAUAAUCGCAGGCAGUUUUUGUAUGAUUUUCAGAACUCCUGAGGAUCUGGUGGUUUCUCCUGUAGCCUCCGCACUCCCUAGAAGUCGCAGGGCCUCUGGACCCUCUAAAUAUGCAUGUAGAUGAGACUUGCUUUCCUGCUCUUUUCAGAGAUGUGGUGCCACACAAGAGAAUUAUCCAAAGUUUCCAGAGCGAAGGCCUUAUGCGUCUGAAAGCUUUCUCUGAUAAGCAUUUUUUUCUGAGGGAUGGGGCAGAAUAUGCAUCUUACAGAGUAUUGUACUAUUUCAAACCAUACUGAAUAUUUGGGAAGUAAUUUAAAAAAAAAUCUUUAGAAAUGUGGGCCAGGGCACUUGUUCCCUUUGCUUCCUUUUUCUAAUCUCUUAAUAAUCCACUAUCCUUCUGAAUACAAAUGUGAGAUCCACUAUAGCUAAAUGACUGGCACUAUUCUAAAUGUUUUUAAUAAUGGAACUGUUUCUUCAUUUUUGUUUUAUAUGUGUCUGAGUUUUACUCAUAUUCCAUUUUUGUACAGUAAUUAUUUGAUGUAAUAAUUAUAACAUCUAAUGUGUAAUAAUAACAGCAUAUAGUUAGACUAUAUCUUUUUUUAAAAUAAUUGAAUAUGUAAAGAAUUAUUCCACUUUUGUUCUGAGGUGGGUGGGUGGGCAGGUGUGACUCCAGCAGAAUCAAGUUAGGCAUUUUCUGAAUUUUUGACAUUCCGAGACCAAAAAAGCUCACUGUCUUAAUUGGAUUAGCUGCAUUAAUUUUUUGGCUUCUGUAACUAAAUCUAAUGGAUGAAUUCAGACUCUGUGCUGCUUAACGGAGGGAGCGGGGGCAUGGGACUCAGCAGGACUAUAUUAACAGUGCAAAACAGAGAGAGAGUGCAAAAUACUUUGCUGUGCAAAUUGUGAUUAUGGGGUGGGGCAUCAUGGAAGCUGCAUCUCUCACUCACAGCACACAAGGAGUUCACUGUUUACAUCCUCACCACAAAAAUAUCAGUUUGGGGAUAUGUGAUUGCUUUGGGUUUUUUUCUCUCGGAGAUAAUGAGGAGUGAAGAGUGGGAGGCAUACUGCUUUGGUCUCUGAAAUGGCUCAAAGGUUUGAUGGAGUGAUGUGCAGCUUUUUAAGGGAAUUAACAGUGUUUCCUCCCCCCACCCCCACCCCAGCAAGAUUCCCACAGCGUGAAUCAGUGAGAAGUGUGAUCCCAACUGCCACUCUUCAAACAUAACCUCAUAAAUCUGCAAAUUACAUAAAGAUAUUAGGAACAUAGGAUCUUAGCUCAACAUUGUGUUAGCAGGCAGCAAUUCUUCCUUGGUGACAAGGAACGAUUUUCAUAUCCUAUGUGAACUGACCUUUAGUCAGUAUAGAUAGUCCUCUCUCAGUGACCACAACUAAGACCGGAAACUGUCGCUAAGCGAUGCAAUUGCUAAGUCACACCACACAUGCCUCCGACCAAUUUAUGGUAUCAUUUUCUAUUUGGUCAUUAAGCGAGUCACCAUGGAUGGUUAAGUGGGACAUCAUAUAACUUCCAAUUUUACUGCUGGCUUCUCCAUUGACUGAUGGAAGCUGAUUGGUGAUCUUGUGAACUUGUGACAGUGGGGAUCAUCAUCACUGCGAAAUGGUGAUAAUAUGAUUGUGGGGAUGCGGCAAUGAUCAUAAACGUGAGGACAGAUGGUAAAUUUACUUACUUUUUCCACUCUAUCAUAACUUUGAACACACUAUCAUAACUUUGACCAUUCACUAAAAAGAGCAGACCUUGAGAAAGUUUACCUGCAGCAUUAGGUGUAUUUACAAAGCAAGUAGUUUUGUAAAAGGUUGCCAACUACCACAAUCCUCUAAGUCAGGGGUGUCAAACUCAAGGCCCGCGGGCCAGUUCCAGUCUUAGAUCUGGCCCGUGGGGCCGCCCUGGUAAUAGCGAAGAACUGACCUGCAGUGCCUCUACCAACAAAAAUGGAGCUCGGGAGGGCCAAUGAGCUCCGUUUUUGCUGGCAGAGGGUUGCAAGAAGUUGUUGCAGCUGAAAAUGGAGCUUGGGAGGCCUGUUUUCGCUGGCAGAGUACUCAGGCCACCACAGGCGCCCUAUCUCGAAAGUGACGUCGAGGUGGCCUCAGCCACCCUAGCUACGGCCAUCCCUGCCCCCUGAGGCCAAACACAACCCUGCUAUGGCCCUCAAUGAAAGUGAAUUUGACACCCCUGCUCUAAGUUAUGUGCGGUUCAACUUUACUGGGUACAUCUUCUCAUACCAUUGCACUACCAGAAUUGCAUCUAGGUAAUUAAGUAAACUUUUAUUUAAUUAGCAUAAUAAAAUCAAUUAUAUUUAACCAAAUGUGGCAGGCAACAAGUUCUCAAUAACAAACACUAGGGUAUUUUUAUUUCUUUAAAAUCAUGUAUUAAAUGUUGGGGUAAUACAAAUAACAGAAUUCCAUGUCAUCAAUAUAUAUAACAAAAGGUACUAUGUUAUGAGUUCUUGGAAGGAAACAUCUACUCUAUAGCUAAGUAACAUAGUUAUUAGGGGGAAAAUUGUCAUUUCCUAUGUGUUGAGGAAAAGAGCUUAUAACAGGAUUUUGCUAUAUUUAGCUCUUAAUCACAGUGUGACACGCCUAACAAUUUGCUAAAUUUAACGUUAGAGUAUGGAUUCAAGAACUUCCUCUAUUAUUUCUUUUUCGGAGAAAUAUUGGCUGGUUGUGGAGAAAAUAGGAGGAGGAAAUAUAGGAGGAGGUUUACCACCUUGAGUUACUUAUACAAAGUAAUAAAGAGUCUCAACAUCCUUUUUACAUCGUGGCGACCAAAACUGGAUGCAAUAUUCCAAGUGUGGCCUUACCAAGGCAUUAUAAAGUGGCACUAACACUUCACGUGAUCUUGAUUCUAUCCCUCUGUUUAUGCAGCCCAGAACUGUGUUGGCUUUUUUAACAGCUGCUGCACACUGCUGGCUCAUAUCUAAAUGGUUAUCCACUAGGACUCCAAGAUCCCUCUCACAGGUACUACUAUUGAGCAAGGUACCACAUAUACGGUACUGGUGCAUUUUGUUUUUUUGGCCUAAAUGUAGAACCUUACUUUUGUUUUAUUUUGUUUUUGAAUGGAGCAAAAUCACACAGUUUGUCUAUAAUCACAUUUUGAUUGAAUUACCCAGAAUAGCACUUAGUGCAAAACAAGCUACAGACUUCAUUUCUUUGGAGCUUUUUCUUUUAAAUAUUUAAUUCAAGCAUUUGACCUUUAAAAAUACAACCAGCUCCAAAAUUCUGGAAUUUCAUUAUAAUCACUAUGAUUGGUUUCAUGUUUCAGAACUGUAGGUGGAGAUUCAGUAUUUAAGAGCUUUGCAGACAUGUGCUGCAAGAAAGUUGUUUAAAGAACGUUCUCAACUUUGAAGAGCGAAUUGUGUGAGCUUUAUGUUAAAUUGUGGUUAACAAUCCAAAUUGUUAAGAAUCAUGGGAACCUCAUGCAGUCUGUGAAAUUAAGUUUGUAGUCCUGUGCAUCCUAGAUUGCAGUCUCAGUGCCUAUAAAAUAUAGGCAAGCUCGGUCCUGUUAGACUUGGGAUUAAUAAAGCCACACUGUUAGGUAUUUCCUCAUGAGGACUGCCAGUUUAGAAGUUCUGGAUCUGUGAUCCCAUGAAACCAAUCUCAUUUGAUAGACUGAAAUAUUUCAAACUUAAUUGAAGCUGUAGUCAAUGUCUUUCAUAUAUGUCCCAAAUGUGCUUUUUCAAGAGGCAACUGGACUUUCUGGUUUUUCUUUAGGAUGUUUCGCUGUUCAGCCAAGAAGCUUCUUCAGCCUGGAGCUGAAAGUCCAGCUGCCUCUUGAAAAAGCACCUUUGGGACAACCAUGACCUGGAAGACUGAGAAUCUCCAUAGACAUCUUUCAUAUGUGGGUGUUUUAUGGGGGAAAACACUACAGCUUUGUAAAGUUCAUAAGAGGUCUAUUCUCCCUUUGUAGGAACUAUUGCCCUCCAGUUCUUGAGCUUUGGGAUUUUAAUAGGGAGAGGUAAUUGACACUGUUUUAGCUCUUUCAUAGGAAUCACUGUCAACUAUCAAGGCAAUAAAAAUGUUUUUGUUGGACAAUGACUUGUCCAUACCCAAACUUCCACUGUGCCCUCAUGGUGACAGAAGCUAUUGCAUAGUUGCCAGUAUCAGAAUAAAUCAACUCUGUUUGCUUAUGUUAUGGAGCAGUCCGAGAGAAAAGUAGAUCAUCUAAUCAUUUACCUUUGACAUAACAUCUUAGGCUGUCUUGAUUUCCUUCCACAAUACAUAAGACCUAUUAAGUUAAUUUGGGGAUUUGCGACACAACCUGAGUCAACAGAUCAUUGCAUACUCAUGUCCUGGUAACUUGUUGACAGAGCUACAUUGUUAUAUUAAUAACUAAAUCAGAGAAAGAUAUGCUAGUAAAGGGGAAUAUUACUCAUAUUUGCAUUGAGCAUUCAGGCCAAUAUUAAGGAUUUGGAAUAAAGAGACACCAUGAUGAAAGAGAUUUUUAAAUAUGAAGUAAAAACCCAUCUGUUUUCUGAACAUAUAAAACACAUUCAGCCAGAUUUUGCUAAUAUAGUGAGACUGAUUAUAGUUACAACUCACAAGUGCAUUUACGAUUUCCAUCCUAAGACUAAUUUGAACUGCAGCCUUGUGGUUCAAAAACCUGAAAUAAUUUUUGGCUUUCCUAGGUAUCUCAUCUUGCCUCACAGAGAUUUUUGGAGAAUUCAGAAGCUUUGCAAUUUCUUAGAUAUCAAUUUAGGUUGAUCCCAAUAAAAUAUUAACAACUGUGAGGAUUCCCCCCCCCCCACAUAUGUAUCUGACACAAUUGCUUUUUGUGACUUUCAAGUAGAACUCACCUGAGGCUUUUGCCUGCUUACAAAGCAUGUACUUAGUCCUGACUGACAAUUUUUUCCUUUGCUGCAUAUAUACAGGAAUAAAAACCAUUUGCUUUAGAAGAGAAAGAUUGACAUUUAAGCACAGACAACCAUCUCUUGUUUGCUAAUUUCCUGGAUCAAACACAAAGAAACCACGGGUAACCUGUUAUCUGAGAAUGUCUUCAGUGAACUCUUUUUGAAGUCUUCUAGGCAUGGUUUCUCAUUGUCUGGUCAUCUUUAUAUUUGACUCCAGAAAAAAAAAGUGGGGGGGGGGGAAUUUCACACACAGAGAAACAUUUCACGUUGUCUUCUUUGAAAGGGCCUUUACAUGUCUCUAUGGCUUUCUUCGUUGCGGUAUCUAAUUGUUCCUUUCUGUACUAGGGUACCUUCUGUAAAAUGAAGGAUUGCCUGCUGCUGGAGGUCUUGGCAAUGACAGGACAAAAAGUAAUUCUCUUCCCAGUUGAAUCUAAUUCUUCCUGCUCAGCUCUUGAUAUUGAUGGUCAGCUCUUUACAGUAGGGGUAUUUGCUUUAUCUCUAGCAUUUGAAAACAACCAUUGGUACUAUAGGGUGAAGUGUCUAAUCCUUUAUUUUUGCAGAACUUGCAGCAGUUGUCUGUUUAAAAUCCUCAUUGCUUCACUUGAAAUCUCUGAAUGAUAAUGAUUGGGUGGAGAUGGGACUACUAGAAUCAUAUCAUCUUUUUGUCACAUGGUUUCCCUGUUUAGCCACAGCGGGAACCAGGUUAAAAAAAUGUAUGGGUGAGCGUAUGUAUGGGUGUUGUAGUGGAAGAAUAAAAAUAAUGCAAAUAAGAGUGUUAGUUUUAUUUUUUGUGUGUAUGUGUGUAAACAAGUGUUGAUACUUACAAGUCAACAUCUUUUCAAUGGGUAAUUCUCAUUCAUGUUUUCUCAAAGCAAAUCAAAAGGUAUCACUUUCUGAAAUUAAAAUUGUGCUUAUCUAGAUGGCCUUUUCUCAAGAACUGAAGAAGCUUCUUGGAUGAGAAGCAAAACAUCUUCAAGGAAAAACAAAGUCCAGUUGCCUCUUGAAAAAGCACUUUUGAAAAACUUGAUGAUAAUUUUUAUUGCCUAGAAACAAGAAUAUUAAUUCAAUCAAACCUUGAUGAAAUUUUCCUGGCAAGAUAAAUGUUACAUAUAGCAUAUGUUCAUUCUGUGCCAUCCUCACUAAACAGGUUACUUCAUACACUGUGAGUGGAAAGCUCUACCAAGAUGUGAAUUUCAAACCCUUCUCUAAUCUAAUAUUUAAUAUAGCAACAAGGAAAUUAAAUGAUGCUUAGAAUGCUACUUUAUGAUCCUUUUGAUGAAUCUGAAAUGCUUCCUUCAAUGAGCCUUUUUAAUUAACAUUUACUUCUUUCACAUUGAAUUGUUUCAAGUUCUUACUGCUCCCAAAGCAGUGUUAUAUUUUUCAGUGCAGAAAGUUCUAAAGGAAAGCUAUACAGGUAAGUUCUCGACUUACAACCUAUUAUCGACAGUUUGAAAUUAUAACAGUCCUCCCAAAAAGGAAAUUGCAACCAAUGUCUAUACACACAUACGGGUGGUGACGUGACCUCUUUUGGGGAAUAGGUUUACGUUUACUUAAUGACUAUGGCAUUCAUUUUAAGACCAUUGUGUUCACUUUUCGAACAUAGCAUCCACUUCAUGAUCACAGCAUUCAUUUUACGACCGUCAUGUUUGCUUAUCAACCACUGCAGAAAAGAUCAUAAAAACAGUCGCAGUCACAUUAUAUAAUCCAUUUUAUGACUGACGCGGUUUACGACCAAUAUUGUGGGCUUAAUUACAGUCCUAAAUUGAAGAUUACCUGUAUAAAGGAAAUCAAUGAAAGACUGAAACAGCAGCUCAAAACGAUAGGAAAUAAGUGUAAUGCUCAUAGAUAUUUUAUAUCUUACCAGGCUUUCAGCAUCUACAAUGGCAACUAUCAAGCAGAGGUUCUGCAUGAAGCAGAAGAUGUGUCUACCUUCCAUAUACCGAAGAAAGACAGUUGAGUCAAUCUUCAUCAUGGCAACAGACUUGUUUAGGUGACUGAGAACUGAAUAUCUGGGAGAUUUAAGAGAAAGAGCUUGGUUGCUGCUAUUAUCCUAUCUAUAACUUCUAUAUCUAGUUUGGGAAAGAAACCAAACAGAACAGGUACAGACUCAGAGGGAUAGUUAAGACUGCCGACAGGACAACUGCAACCAGCCUGUCUUCCAUAGAAAACCUAUAUAUUGUGUAGGUCAGAAGGAGAACUGAGAAGAUACAAGCAGACCCACUCACAUCUUGGAUACAAACUGUUUCAACUCCUUCCCUCAAGAUGGCACUGUAGGGUAUUGAAUGCCAAGACUGUAAGACAUAGGGACAGUUUCUUUCCUCGUGCCAUCACUCUGCUCAACACUGCUGAAUUCUCGCAGUUGACAAAACACGGUGACUACAAAGUUCUGUCUAAUGUGCAUGUAUAUGAACCCAUAGAGUGUGGCUGUAGUAUUAUUUAUCCUUUUAUUACCUCUUAUUUCCACCUUCUACUUGUUGCACACUUUUAGUAUUGGUUUUAGUUUCUCUGUUUGUUUUGCAAGUAUACUGAGUGCUUCUGAACUGGAGACAAAUUCCACACAGUAAAAUAUUCUAUUUGGUAUUGUGUUGUGUUGUGUUGUGCUGUGCUGCACUGUGCUGCAUUGCACUGCCUUGCCCUGGCCUACCCUAUUCUCUGCCGCAAGAACUCAUUUAUUUUACAUAAGAGUAAAACCUGCCUGUUAAUAUACCUUGGAAUGAAUUGUGAGUGGCAUAAUUUAAUUUUAAGUUAGUUCUUGUAUAUUUAAACUCAAUUGGUUCUUGCCAGUCAAGCUGUUUGCUGGUCCCAGUAUCUUAGGUGGCUUUCAACUACCCUGUUCAACUAUCCAAACCCUAACCCUACAGCCAAUUAGGGAUGAGGUUAGGAAAGAACAAGAACUGAGAAGACCUAGGCUCAAGUUCCCACUUGACCAAAGAGCUACCAAAUUUUUGCCAGUAUGCCCACCUUGGAUAAGUUUCCAUGUCAAUUUUUAUGGCAACCUGGUUUGGUGUUUCAACAAACUGUUUCAACGGUUAUGUGACAGAAUUUCGCCAAUGUUCCCCUUCCCCACCUUACAGUUUCCAUCAUAGAUUUAUAUCCAUUUGGAAAGGAAAAGCAAAGCUUUCUUGUAUCUUAUCAUAGUUAUCAUAGUCAUAGUUAUUCAUCGUGUCUUGGAAAGAAAUCCUGAAAACAUUAGCUAUAGCAGAGGUUCCCAAUCUUUUUCGGUUUGCGGCUCCCAUAACACUUCGGAUUUUUUCCGCGGCUCCCUUAAUAGGUACAUCCGAUUUUUUUUUUAAUUUUUGUCUUUUUUUCUGAAUUUUUUUCUGAAAGCUGAAAUCUUUUCUGUUAACUUUAAAAUGUGCAUAUUGCCUCCUUGUAAAGAGAGAUUCAACACAUUCAACUUUUCAAAGAUAUCACAUAGGUAUGUGAGUUUAAUCAAAAAGUCUGUUUCUACAAAGUGUUUGGCAUACUCAUGUUUUGCUGAUGGACGCGCCGUCUCCUUUGAUGGGAGCGGCCUCUGUGGAACUUUCCCAGGCGUGGGGGUCCCUGCUUCGGUCUCGGAGUUUGGCCGGAGCUCGCGCUUCUCCUUUGGUCCAUCGUCGGCGUCUGCCGUCUUCCUGCCUGCUGUGGCCUGCCCCGCGGGGUGUGUGGGUGCGGCUGCGCGGGGGUCCCUUGGCUUUUGGAGUUGUCCCGAGUUGCGGUGUGCGAGUCCCGGUCGCUGCGGCCGUGUCCGGCUCUGUGCGUCUGGGAUCUCGCGGCACCGCGUGUGGAGCGGACGCUGCUUCUUCGCGGCUCCCUUGUGGCGGUGGCGCGGCUCCCUGGGGAGCCGCGGCUCACAGUUUGGGAAUCACUGAGCUAUAGUGUUUAUGUAGUUGUCAAUUACCUAUCUCCAGAUAGCUCCAGGCUUCAUGACCAAUGUCUCUAGCUUGCACAAAGGGAGGUAUUUUUCUGCAAAGAAUCAGAGAUCAUUCAUAAAACAAGUAGUUGCAUAAAUAUUUGUAACCUCUUUGUUUUUCUUUACUUUUCAUUUUACUCAUUGUAUAUUGUAAUAAUUACUCUUACUUAAAUUUAUAAAUAUAUAAUUGCAUCAUUAGCAUGAUGAUGUCCUGACUAAACUAUCAUCAUUUUGAUGCUAUUAUGUUAUUUUAUGUUUGAAUACCUAAAUAGGGCAUAAUACUUGUUGGUAUAAGUAAUCAGGGUUGACCAUCUGUCUGCCUACUCACCAAGUUAAUUAGGUGCCAUUGUGUCAGAUCAGCAACAUUUCUCAAUGAAGUCAUUGAUGAUGCAUUGAAAGAGUAGUAAAUAACAGACACUAUCAUCAGAGUAUGAUUGGAAUCAGUUGAAAAGUCCAACUAAUACAGCAAUCCAUAACAAAGAGUGGCCAACCAGUUGCCAUUCUGAGGCUUAUAGGCAUUAUAUGAGAAAGUCUAAAUAGUCCUUUUCCACCAUUGCUCUCUCGGCAGUUAAAGACAAACUGGUUUUUUAAAAAUCUGGAUUUACUGUUUAGUUAUCAAGAGAGCUUGAUAACUAGAACAUUCAGUGUCAGAAUGGACAAAGAUGCUUGGUUGUGGGGGAGGGGAGCUGAGAUUUUAUUUCAUCACUUUGAAGCAUUCAACACCUCAAUCUAACUGAUAGGAAGAUUGUUCCAUUCCGUUCCGUUCUGUUCCAUUCCAUUCCACUCUUAUUUAGCUUUGGUAAACAAUUAGGUAUCAGCGAUUACAUCUCAUGUUUCAAAUGAUGUUGCCCCUUGUAUACCAUUCAGAAUUUUCAGUAAAUGAUAUCAAAGGUUUUGCCAGUGUGGCAAUACUUAUUCCAAUUGGCUAACUGAUACUGCGUUGAUUAAGACACUGUAAUGAAUGAUUGGAAGUUUGCCUUCAAUUGCUGGAGCUAUAUUGGGUAUUGACUAGAUUCUUGGUAUAGUUCAGAGUUGUCAAAGAAAUGAAAUGUAUGUACAGUCACUCACAACAUUCUGCAUUAACAAUAUUUAAUGGAAUUUUAUGCAACCAGAUUUUUAAAUCUCAGACAUGUCCUAUUAUGUGCAUUCCUGGGUUAAUUUAGCUGUUCUCAAGAAAAAGAAAAAGAGACAAAUUGUUAAUAUGCAAGACUGUUUUUUAAAAAAAAAUCUGGAAAGUCCAGUGAGAUGCUAGACUCCUAAGAUAAACAUAGAUUAUGAAGCAGAAGACUGAAUAUGGAAUUGACUUCAUCACCUCCUUAUUCAAAUUGGCUGAUACUGCCUUGAUUAAGACACUGUGAUUAAUGAUUGGACAUAAUGAAAAAGGAUAGGAAUAGUAAAUAGUAAAUCUAUCCAGUGUUAUGCUGCUCUAUGAUGCUAAUUUAUCUCUUUUUGGCAAAAGAUUCCCAGUUUCCCUUCCCCCUUUCUGGCAAGAUUUCUGUACUUCUAGUGGAUACAUGAAAGUAGGAAAUUAAGGAGCCAAAACUUUUGCCAACAUAAAUAUGCAAUGAUGGAGAAAGCCUUAGCUGCUAAGCUUUGGCCUAGUAGACAGGUGUUCAAAAAACAACAACAUCAAUCUUAUCAGGGAAAAAGUUGGCAGACUUUUGUUCUAGUCUGGGAUGAUGGCUUUUGUUAUUUUGUCAUGAUGAUGACAUAACAGGUCUGAUGGCAAGUUGAUUGCAUAAAAUUCCACCCUUGCUAGGUAAGGUGCAUAUCUUUUAGGGCAGUGAUGGCUAACCUUUUUGCCAUCACUUGCCAGGAGGGGGAGUCGCAAGUGUGCCCAUACCCAUAAUUCUAUGUGUCCUGCCCCCACGCAUGCGCACAUGACCCCCCCCCCAUGGCACACAAUGGCCCCAUAGGCUCUCUAGCAAUCUCUGGAGGCUGGGGACAGCAAAAAAAGUCAUUCCCUGUCCAACCGGAAGUUGGCAAAUGGGCCAUUUCGGGCCUCUGGAGGGCCUCUGGCAUGGUGUGUGUGUGUGUGUGUGUGUGUGUGUGUGUGUGUGUGUGUGUGAAGGCCAUUUUUGUCCUUCCCAGACUCAUAGAGAGGCUCUGAAGCCAGGUGUGAGAGAAAAACAGGCCUUCCCCACCACCCCCAGGCCCUCUGGAGGCAGGAAACAGCCUGUUUCCUUACUACUUGUGGGCCCAGAAGUCCCGAAAAUCAGCUUGGAUGCAUUGGAGCUGAGCUUAUGUGCCUGCUGAUAUGGCUACACGUGCCACCUGUAGCACACGUGCCAUAGGUUCGCAUUCACAGUGUUAGGGGAAGGGAAGAGAGAGAGAGAGAAAAAGUAAGUUUGAUGACUUGUCAGAUCUGAGUAAUUUUGACUUAAAGCUGGAAGAUACAUUAUAUCAGCUGCUAUCCUUGCCAGAGGUUCAGCUUUUUUCAUUCUUGAGUGUUCUUUCUCAGAACAUUAAAAAGAAAAAGAAAAAGAGUUAUCUUGGGUUAGAUGCCUCAGACUUCUGUUGUAAGAUCUGGGAUGAAGACCUGUUCCAAGCAUGAGCUGAUGUGGGCAGCUGUUGCUGGCACGUCAUCUUUAAGGAUUCCAAACAGCGUAGAAUUAUUAUUGUGGCCACAUCUUCUAUACAGUGCUGAAAUCCAAUUUUUUUUACUACCAUAUAUGUGGGUAUGGCUUGGUGGGCUUGAUAUGGCUUGGAAGGUAUGGCAGGGGGAGAAUGCUGCAAAAUCCCCAUUCCCUGCCUACUCCUGGGGGAAGGAUAUUGCAAAAUCUCCAUUCCCUCCUCACUCUGGGACCAGCCAGAGGUGGUAUUUGCCGGUUCUCUGAACUACUCAAAAUUUCUGUUACUGGUUCUCCAGAACCUGCUUGAUUUCACCCCUGGUACUAUGAUCACUUUGAGGAGGAAGAUUUUAGUGUGCAAAUAUAACGCAAGAAACUGUAGAAAUCAAUAUUCUUAAAUCCAAUCGUGCUUUUUAUAAUUUUGUAAACAACAAACUUAAAGACUCGAGAGCUAUCCCACCACUAAAAAAAUCUAACGGCAAAGAAUAUAAUGAUGAAACAGUUAAAGCAAACAUCUUUAACACUUUCUUUGGCUCAGUCUUUGUUAACAGUAAUGGCUCAUACCCGACAUUCCCCAAUCGUAUCAACAAUGAGUACAACGACCUAACACAAAUAGAUUUCAUUGAAGAUAAUGUUGAAAAAGCUCUUUGCAAACUGAAACCAUCCCUACCUAUUGGGCCUGAUGGACUAUGUGCAUACUUCUUAAAAAAGCUUUCCACUAACAUAGCAGAACCCCUAAGCAUAAUCUUUAAUAAAGCUUUCACGUCCAGUUCCCUUCCCAAACUUUGGUCACUAGCCACAGUCAUCCCUGUCUUCAAAAAAGGAGACCCCAGCCUAGUUGAAAAUUACAGACCAAUCUCUCUAUGUUGCAUCACCUGCAAAGUAAUGGAAUCUAUCAUCAACCAAUCCAUUACCUCCACCUAGAAACAAACAAUCUACUCUCUAAUAAACAAUUUGGUUUCAGAAAAAAAUUAUCAUGUAAUUUGCAACUUCUCCACUGUAAAAACAUAUGGACUACAAAUCUUGAUCAAGGCAAAGCAAUAGAUGCAAUUUACAUAGACUUCUGUAAAGCUUUUGACUCAAUAGUACAUGAUAAACUUCUCCUAAAACUAACAUCCUACGGCAUCUCAGGACAUCUCCACAAUUGGAUAACAGCUUUCCUAUCAAACAGACAACAAAUGGUCUAUCAAAUCCUGUUCCUGUCAAAAGUGGCAUUCCCCAAGGCAGAAUUCAUGGACCGAUACUCUUCAUAUUAUACAUUAAUGAUCUCUGUGACCAUAUUACAAGUAAUUGUGUUCUCUUUGCUGACAAUGUCAAACUAUUUAACACCACCAACAAUAUAGCUACCCUUCAAAAAGACCUUGACUUUGUAUCUUAAUGGUCUAAAACUUGGCAACUCCAAAUCUCAACCAGCAAGUGCUCAGUCUUACAUAUUGGAAAAAAGAACAUAAACACUAAGUACAAGCUUGAUGGACAUUACCUUGCAGAUGACCCCCACCCUGUUAAAGACCUUGGAGUUUUUAUAUCAAAUGAUCUAAGUGCCAAAGCCGACUGCAACUACAUCGCAAAAAAAGCUUUAAGAGUUGUAAACCUAAUCUUACGUAGCUUCUUCUUCAAAAACACCACACUGCUAACCAGAGCAUACAAAACAUUUGCUAGACCAAUUCUUGAAUACAGCUCGACUGUCUGGAACCCAUACCGCAUUUCUGACAUCAAUACAAUUGAACGUGUCCAGAAAUAUUUUAUAAGAAGAGUUCUCCACUCCUCUGAAUACAAUGCCACCAGACUUGAAAUCCUGGGUUUAGAAAAUUUAGAACUACGUCGCCUUUGACAUGACCUGAGUUUAACUCAUAGAGUCAUCUAUUACAAUGUUCUUCCUGUCGAAGACUACUUCCGCUUCAGUCGCAACAAUACACGAGCACACAAUAGAUUUAAGCUUAAUGUUAACCGCUCCAAUCUUAAUUGUAGAAAAUAUGACUUCAGUAACAGAAUUGUUAAUACUUGGAAUACAUUUCCUGACUCUGUGGUCUCUUCCCAAAAUCCCUAAAGCUUCAACCAAAAACUGUCUACUAUUGACCUCACCCCAUUUCUAAGAGGUCUGUAAGGGGCAUGCAUAAGAGCACAAGCGUGCCUACCGUUCCUGUCCUAUUGUUUCCUUUCAUUAUAUCCAGUUAAUAUAGUUAUUAUAUACUCAUGCUUAUAUAUAUGAUUAUGUAUUGUUUAGUUAUUUCAUGCUUAUGCUUAUAUAUACACUGUAUGACAAAAUAAAUAAAUAAAUAAUC